AUGGCGAGGCAUCGCCUCCUUGCCGUGCUCAUGCUCCUCGUCGGGGUAGUGGCAGCCUCCACUUUCCACCAAGCGGCCGCCGCUGGCCGGGGCCUUGCUGUCCUCGAGAAGUUUGCGGACCUGGAGCCAAAGCCAAAACCCAAACCAGAGCCAAUGCCCAAACAAAUGCCGAAGCCUGAACCAGAAUCAAAACCAAAGCCCAAGCCGAUGCCAAAACCCGAACCCAAGCCCAAGCCGAUGCCCAAACCUGAACCAAAGCCAGAGCCCAAGCAUAAACCAAUGCCUAAGCCAGAGCCCAAGCCUAAACCAAUGCCUAAGCCGGAACCGAAGCCUAAACCUGAACCAAAACCAAAGCCACCACCAAAGCACAAGCCGCCAACAGCUUACAAUUGA